AUGCCCAACUUGGACGAUUAUCGGGGGCUGGAUGCAGGCGGCGCGCCCAGUGGAGAACUGCCGAGGCAGAGACGGAUGGGUAAAGGAGUUUCCAACAAGAGAACGGGGGAGGUUACCAUUGAUUUAAAUUGUUCCAUAGCGUGGAGUAGUGCUUUAUGCAGUUCUCUUCAGGGAUGCAGUCUAGUGCUGCUGUGCGACAACCUGUCGCUGCCGUUCCGGGACGAGAGCUUCGACGCCGUGCUGUCGGUGGCCGUGGUGCACCACUUCGCCACCACCGAGCGCCGCGUGGGGGCGCUGCGCGAGCUGGCGCGCGUGCUGCGCAUCGGCGGCCGACUCAUCAUCUCCGUCUGGGCCAUGGAGCAGCGCCACCGCAAGAGGACGCAAAUACAACGCAAUGAACGUAUGGUAGCAAAAGGUAAAAGUGGCAAGUUAAAAGCCAGCCGCAAGUUUAAUUGCGACAACAAUCAUACUCUGUCCUUAAUUCCCUUUUAUAUAAAAAAUAAAGUCCAAAGACCUUCGUCCGCGACGUUUUUGGAGAGUUGGCACUGUAUCAGUCUGAACGGCGGAGGCUGCAACGAAGGCCGUUGCCUCGGGAGUGAAAGUGAACCAGAGCGGAGCGGCGAAGGUCCUGGCACGGAAUCUAUGUGCAGCACUAGUCUGACAGAACGCCACCGCCAUCGCUGCCGCCCUCACACCCACCUUUGUCUCUGCCACUGCCACUCCCAUCGUCUCCGCCGAAGCCCUCCCUCGCCGCUGCCAUACUGCCAUAGCCUCCGCGCCCGCUCACUUCCACGCCCGCGCUCACGCCCGGCUGGCCCCGCGCCCGCUCCGCCCCGCCCAUCAGCGCCCGCCAACGCCAUCGUCUCUGAGCCCGCCACCUCUGCCACAUCCGCCAUUGCUUCUGCCACUGCCAGCAGCCCUCCCGCCUCCGCCACCGGAAAUUCCUCAGUUAAGGAACGGCGUAACGUUGGAGUUCAUGUUUGUGCUAAGUUCGAGUCGCAGGACGUGCUGGUGCCGUGGCACCGACCGCAGCACCUGAGCACGCCGUCAUUGGAACUCACCUCCACCACCACCACAACCACCAGCGAGGAGGACGGCCCUCCGCCCUACCACGCCUACACGCAGACGUCGGACAGCGACUCCUGCCGCUCCGCACGGCUCGGCGAGGAAGGUUCUCCGGAAGAGCGACUUUACAGCGGCUGUCGGACGGAUCAGCGGCACUCGAAUGCAGGGCGGUCGGGGGAGGGCGGGGAGCUGCUAGCAGGACCCCGAAGGGGGCACUGGACUAGUGAGGACGAGGAGCCUCGACAGGUGUUGGUAAACAAGUCGAACACUCGAACACUUUUCCAAACCCACUGCGCUGGUACCAGGAGAAAGAACACGCCAAAAAAAAGUACCUCGUUCGCGAAGCGACCGCGAGUGCGCUGGGAUGGGCGGGGGCGGCGCGUGGGUCACGCGUGCGACGCGCGCGGGUUGCAGAAGCUGGCCGGCGGGAAGCGGGGGGGCUCGGGCCACCGGCCGUGGUUCCUGGACUCCUGGAGCUCGUGCACCAAGGAGCCCCCACCCCCGCACCGCUACGACCCCGACGGCUGCGAGGACGGCGACGCCGACGACAUCCAGGACCUGCCCAUCGAGCUGCGCAGGCUCGAGGAGGAGAACAAUCAGCAGGUGGAGCUGUCGUGCCCGGACCUGGGCCAGCGGCGGCAAACGUUCGCUUGCCACAACACGCCGUCGGAGGUGAUUCUCAACCACAAGUCGAAGAGCCUCAGCGACAUCCUGACGGUGGGAAAGCGAGCCAUGGUGCGUUCGCGCUCCUCCGUGCCCAGCCUGGGCGGGCAGCCGUCCUCGGGCACGGACGGGGCGGCGGCAGGGGCGGCGGGCGGCGGCGGCGGGGCGGCGUGGCGGGCUGCGCGCGGGCGGCGGCCCGGCGGGGUGCGGCGGCGGGCAGCGGCCCGCUGGCGGGGUCCGCGGCGUCGCUGGCUGCGGUGGGCGCCGCGGCGGCCGCGGCGGCCCGCCAACCCUCUAUCGCGCAGUCGCCGGGAUAGCCACCGCCUCCGUCAAACAGAAGAAGUCCCUGAGCGCGCCCGCGAGGAACACGAGGACGACGAGGAAGAAGACGAGGACGAGGAUGAGGAGGAGGAGGAGGACGAGCCAGCCGACAUGCGGGACCUCGUCAAAGCGCUGCCCGAGUUCAAGAUAUCAGGGCACGGGAUCAACCGGCGCUGCGGCAACGUGUUCAAGCAGAGCUCCAUGAACGAGGAACUGAUGUCCGCGGAGAGGCUGCGGGAGAAAGAGCGCGUGCGACAGAACAUCCAAAAGCAGGCGUCGCUCAACGAGGAGCUCAUCUACCGGCGCCACCGCACGCUCGACUCGCUGCGGGACACGCUCUUCUCCACGUCCACCGCCAAACGCCUGCAGCUGCUCAAGAACGGGCUCACCAACAAGCUCAAGUGCUCCACCACGGGCAUCGAGAAGGUGGCCGGCUCCUCCUUCAAGAACGGCUUCGUGCGCAUCCUGCAGGGCUGGAAGGGCGGGGAGGUGACGCCCGUGGCCAAGCCCCCGCCCACGCCCACCUCCGCCGAGGGCCUCUCCCCCAAGACGCCGCCCCCCGACUACAAGCGCACCAACAGCUACUCCAUGGACGACAACAACCGCAAGGACGUCACCAAGCCCGGCGAGCGCCGCCACUCGCGCGAGGACGGCUCCGACUCGUCCAAGGACAGCAGCCUGCAGAGCGACACCAGCGUCGACUCGGAAGACAGCUUCGCGUCCGUCAUCUUCGUGCCGAAGGCGGACGGGGCGCCGGGCGGCGGCGCCGGCGGCGACGCGGGCGGCGGCGGGCCCGGGGGCGGGGCCACCACCAUCAGCACGCCCUCGGGCUCCGUCACGUCGCCCGCGCUGCCGUCGCAGCUCUCGCCGCCCAAGUCGCCCCAGCCCACCUCGCCCAAGGUGAAGAUGCAACCCGGGCCGCUGACGUUGCUGAACGGCGCGGCGCCCCACCACCGCCGCUCCGGCGUACGUACUCCGGCCCGCCGCCCACGGCCGCGCCGCGCCAUCUGAGCAGGUGGAGUGGGGAUGCCUCCGCCGCCUCCUCCUUCCUCCGCC